UAUUACUAUAUAAUAGCGAGGAUGAUAGCAUUUUAUACAAAUUAUAUUAAACGUAGGUAAACGAUUAGGUAAAUGUAAUAUUUUUCGUACUUGUGGCCAUAGAAUUACAGCUUUUCUCCAAAACAGCUCCACAAGACUUUCUGAUCGUGCCAUAUAUUGCGGAAGAAAAAAAUUAGGGCAUAUUUAAAGCCAGCCAAACAAACUGUUCAAACCAUAGACAGUAUAAACAUAACUAUGUUAGUAUUUGUAAACAGUAAUAGACAUGUAAUGUGUGAUAUAAUAAUCAAAAUACUCCCGUUUUUACGUAUUUGUUUUGUAGGAAUGAACAGGAUUAAAGAUAAUAUUGGUUAGGAAGAAGCAAAUAGUGGUUUAUUUUGUCUUUUGAGGAAAUAGCUAGUUUACUAAAACAAGCACAAUGAGUAAUUAAGACUUAAACAUGUUGCAAACAUUAAGCGUUAACCCAUUUAUUUUAUUUUUUAAUUUGCGUCGUUGCCGGGCUUUUUCACUCCCGGAACCUUAGUUGGAGUAACUUCUACGGGGACGGUAAUUAUGGUCACACUGGAAAAAAAUUGGAAAUUAGCAACGUUUCCCAGUUCAUUUAUACAGUUAUUGUACGUAUUAAUUGAUUGAUCGUUGUAUGCGCUGUGAGGUUUCUUGAAGAGUACAGCGUAGCCGCAUACAAGGGCUCCUGAUGAAGGCGUGUAGGUAAUACUUUGAGAGCCUUGUAAGACGCCAUGUCUGAAGAGGCGAUUUCAGAAAGUGACCUGGAGCCCAGCCUUAACAGUGAAGAGGAGUAUUUGGAAAAUGAGGAAGAGGAGGACAAAGAGGACAUGGAGGAAGAUGAGGAUGAAAAUGAUGGAGACGAUGAAGAUGAUAGUGUUGAACGACCUGCGAGUGCCCAGAGCAGGUCAGAAAUGGCUCAGGAUGGCAGGGACUCCACUUCAGCUACCUCCAGAGAGCCAUCCUCAGAGCCUCCGUCCUGCCCAUCCUCCAGACCUGCCUCUCGCUCCCAGCCUCCAACCAGCCCGGAAAACUCGAGCCAGAGCAAGCCACCCUCCAGCAAAACAAAGAAACAAAAAGCCUCUAAAUUAACCAAAUCCUCUAAGUCUUCAAAAGGCUCCAAACCUUCCAAGCCAUCUAAGCCUGCACACAUGAGGAAGAAUAUCAGAAAGCUGCUGAAAGAGGAUCAGCUGGAGGCUGGGACCAAGGCUGCUCAACAGGAGGAGAUGGAGAGGCGGAAACGUCUGGAGCAGCAGAGGAAGGACUUCCCUACACUGGCCCCAACUGCUCCAGACUCUCAGCUAGUGGACACUGCUUCGCUUUUAGGAGAAGUAUCUCACUUGGUCCCUGCUCUCCUUAGCAAGCAGGAUGUGAUCUGUCUGGAUAGCAGUGGUGAUGAAGACGAAAAAGUGGACCCAACGCUGCCUGCACAUGCCAUAAGAGAUGAUGUAAUCGAGCUAAGUUCUGGAGACGAGGAUGCCCUGCAGAUAAGCAGUGAGUCGGCCGAUGAGGAUGCUGAUGGUGCCACGGGCUCAGAGGAGAGCAGCGGCGCACACAUUAACGACGCUCUGAAUCUGCCUGAUGCCCAGGGUCAAGUGCUUGUUAAUAUCAAUCACCCUGCAGAGGAGAAAGACCUUUACCUCGCUCCACAGCUGGCCAGGGCUGUCAAACCUCACCAAGUCGGGGGAAUCCGGUUUCUCUAUGAUAACCUCAUCGAGUCUCUGGAGCGGUAUAAGACCAGCAGUGGCUUUGGCUGCAUCCUCGCUCACAGCAUGGGGUUGGGCAAGACUCUGCAGGUCAUCUCCUUCAUUGACAUCCUACUGAGGAAUACUGAGGCUCACACUGUGCUGGCUAUUGUUCCUGUGAACACACUUCAGAACUGGCUGACGGAGUUUAACCUCUGGCUCCCACCCCAAGAGGCCCUUUCCCCAGACACUGACCCUGCACUCCUCACAGGACGCACGUUCAAAGUUCACAUCCUCAACGAUGAGCACAAAACAACACUGGCCAGGGCCAAGGUUGUGGAGGACUGGUCCAGAGAUGGAGGGGUGUUGCUGAUGGGUUAUGAGAUGUACCGCCUGCUGUCCAUGAAGAAGAGCUUUGUGAUGGGCAAGAAGAGGAAAUCAAAGAAGCCCGCAGGGCCAAUCAUCAUUGACCUGGAUGAAGAAGAUAGACAGCAGGAACUCAUGAAAGGUAUUGAAAGGUCCAUAGUGCGGCCUGGCCCAGAUGUGGUGAUAUGUGAUGAGGGUCAUCGCAUUAAGAACUACCAUGCCAGCACAUCACAGGCUUUGAAGAACAUCCGCUCCCGGCGCAGAGUAGUCCUGACAGGUUACCCGUUGCAGAACAACCUCAUCGAGUACUGGUGCAUGGUGGACUUCGUUAGGCCUGACUUUUUAGGCACGCGUCAGGAGUUCAGCAACAUGUUUGAGCGGCCCAUUCUGAACGGGCAAUGCGUGGACAGCACACCACAAGAUGUCCGCUUGAUGCGCUACCGCAGCCAUGUGCUGCACAGCCUGCUGGAGGGUUUUGUCCAGAGACGUGGUCAUGAUGUGUUGCGAGACCAGCUUCCCUCCAAGGAGGAGCAUGUGAUCUUGGUGCGGCUCUCUCCCAUUCAGAGGGCGCUUUAUACCGAGUUCAUGAAACGCUUUAGAGAAGCAGGGAACAGUGGCUGGCUCGGUCUAAACCCACUGAAAGCCUUCUGUGUAUGCUGCAAGAUUUGGAAUCACCCAGACGUUCUCUAUGAAGCCCUGCAGAAGGAGAAUCAGGCCAACGAGCAGGACCUGGACCUCGAUGACAUCACUUCAGCUGGUAACCCUCGCUGCCCUGCACCGGGUGCUGGCCUCAAAGCCAAAGUAGCCGACUCAAGCAACAGCAAAGUCAACAACACUCUGCCACCACUCAAUCCCUCUCAGGAUAGAGCCAAUCAAGUCAUCACAUAUGAAUGGGCAAAGGAUAUAAUGUCAAACUACCACACAGGAGUUCUGGAGAACUCUGCCAAGAUGGUUCUGCUCUUCCAUUUGAUUGAUGAGAGUGUGAGAAGAAAAGACAAGAUUUUGGUCUUUAGUCAAAGUUUGUCCACCCUGACCGUCAUUGAGGACUUCUUAUCAAAGAGACCCAUGCCGGCAGGCAUCGCCUCCUCUGACACCCAGAGCCAAAACUGGGUUCGCAACCUCAAUUACUACAGACUGGAUGGGAGUACGUCUGCCUCAGAAAGAGAGCGACUUAUCAAUCAGUUUAAUGAUCCAGAGAACAACGCAACAUGGGUCUUUCUACUUUCUACAAGAGCUGGCUGCUUGGGGGUAAAUCUGAUCGGGGCCAACCGUGUCGUUGUGUUUGAUGCCUCCUGGAACCCAUGUCAUGAUGCCCAAGCGGUGUGUAGGGUGUACCGCUAUGGUCAGAGGAAACCCUGCUACAUUUACCGCCUUGUCUGUGAUUUCACCUUGGAGAAAAAGAUCUAUGACAGACAAGUCUCCAAACAGGGCAUGUCUGACCGUGUGGUUGAUGACCUGAACCCAGUGCUGAACUUCACUCGUAAGGAAGUGGAGUCGCUGCUGCAUUUUGUGGAAGAGGAACCUGACAACAGCUCCCUGGCAUCCCGGGAGGACUUUGAAGCAGUGAUGUACCAAGCUUGUCAUCUUUACCCACACCUCAUCACCAAGCAACCUUUCCAUCAUGAGUCUCUGCUGGUGGACCGCAAGGAGUCUAAACUGACCAAAGCAGAGAAGAGAGCCGCCAAGAAGAGCUAUGAGGACGAGAAACGAGCCUCUGUGCCCUACUCUCGCCCAUCAUAUGCCCCCUAUUAUCCAACCAGCGAUCAGACGCUCACAAACAUACCAGCUUUUAACCAACGAGGCUGGCGUCCCAUGGCACGACCAGAUGACAAGCCUGUGGCAAGUGUCAGGCCCAUCCAGUCGACCCCAAUCCCCAUGAUGCCUCGCCAAGUGGGCAUGGGCAUGGCUGGCUCCAGCUCCGCUGGCAGCCUGCCUGUCAACUUCCUGCAGAAAGCUGGAGUUUACGUGCAGAGGAUCGUCACCACAACUGAUAUUGUAAUCCCAGGAGCCAACAGCACAACAGAUGUUCAAGCUCGAAUUAGUGCAGGAGAGAGCAUCCAUGUUAUCAGAGGAUCUAAAGGUACCUACAUUAGGACGAAUGAUGGAAGAAUUUUUGCCAUUCGAUCUGGAAAGAUCAGUAGACCAGCAGUCGUGGGCUCUGCUGCUUCAAGAGACCCCCAGGGUUCCCUGAUCCAUCCAGUCAGUAAUGGCUGUUCAUCCCCUGUGGACCAACAGCAGCAAUCCCCCAAUGGGGAUCCGCAGCCCUCCUCUCCCUUAAGCUCUGAGAUUCUCAGAGAGAUCAGCCGCUACACUGCAUCCACAGGUGAUGCCACCGCUAGCAUGGGCAAUGAAUUGCCAACACCGUCCGACGUGUCGGCUGUACCAGCAGGGGAUGGAGGCAGUUCGCAAAAUAAUCAGACUGGUGAUCUCAGCAGGCAACUCGGUGACGACCUGCUGAGCUCAGCUUUAGAGAUGCGUGGCAGCAAACGCAGGAGUACUGAAAGCGAGAGCAAUGCACAAAUAGGAAGCAAACGCACCUCUGCUGCAACACGUUUCCCUGGACUGUCCAUGGGCUCCAGUGGGCUCAGUUUUCCUACUGUGGGUCUGAACUCCUCCUCCCUACUGGGGAACCUAGGUCACAUGAGUCAUCCACUUCUGAUGGGUGGUAGUGGUGGAUCGUCAUUCCUUCAGACACCAGGACAAACGCUGGCUGACCUACAGACCAUGUUCCCCUCUGCAGGUUCGGACCUACUGAGACCGUCUGCCACAGGGAACGGACACCUUCCUGCCCCCUCCUCGUCCUCUCUGCCCACUGUUUUCUCCUCUGCUUCCACCACCAUUCCUAUGUCAUCUACACCCUCUGCAGCAACUUCUUCCUCCCUGGCAUCAGGUUCUCUGCCUCCGUACUUGAUCAAUCCCAACAUGGCUGGCCUGCUUUCGCCAGGCUUCCCUCUCAACUACAGUCAGUCGCUGCUCCCUGAACCAAGGAUGUUCCCCACCUCUCUCCUCUCCGGGUCAGGCAGAUUCCCUGCGCCUAACUCCAGCUCUACUACAUCUAAUUUCCUCUCCCAUUUCAACAAUCCAACUUCCAGCCUGCUGGGGGCAGCUCUCACCCAGCCGGAUAGACAUCAGAGUACGGAGAAUGGCGGCAGCAGUUCUGAUGACGAUGUUAUAGAGGUGACAGGACAGUAGAGACUCAAAAUGUCCUGGAGAGGCAGUUUCACACACAAUUUUAUCAAUCAUUGUUAACAUAAAGUACAUUUAGGGAUGGGAAUGAUUCCCAUUUACAUGACUAAACAAACUAAAUUAAUUUUGUUACAGUAUCUGCCCUAACGUAUAAAUUGAUGAUUGAUGGUCAUGUGCAUUGUUAUAUUCUGAAUGUGUAAACACAUCAGAAUGCAAAUGAGGUCAGGAGAAAAGAGUGAAAUUCUACAAUGAUGAAGUGACUGGGAAUCUAAAGAAAAAAUGAGAAAAGAAAACUUUUCAGGAACUAAAAAUUUAUGUUAAUCUUUAACACGUAUAAUGAAAUUGGAAAAGAUUGUGAUAAGUUUUAUAUGUGGUUCGGCCUUGCUGUUAGGCUAGCCAUUUAAGCAGUUUAUAUCAUUCACCUAAUCAUCAGUGAAAUAAACUGCAUUCCCAUUCCUAAUGGUCUCAUUAAACUUCAAACACAAACACACAGACUCUCACCUGCAAAUGAGAGAAUCAACUUGUACCUUAAUGACUUUACAAAGUCAUAGUAACAAAUCCUUAUGCUGAAUAUCCCAGACUUGUUCAGCUGGAGCAUCGGAGCAGUGGGUACAGACCUUUGUCGUAAGAGGACCAGCUGAAUCUUUCGGGGGCUUUCUAAGCACAGCCUCUCCUGCUACACUUUUAAGGAAGGCCUCGCCGUGCUGUUAGUUUAAUUUCCUCUGAAUUCAGGUGGAAUGAUGUGAUGAAAACUUGUUGGAUUGUGUCAUGACAUAUUGCUGUGAAACUGUCGAGUGCAAACCAAAAUUUGACUUGUUGUUACACGUGUCAGCUGUACUCACCUGCUGAACACUAAUUUACUUUACCUUUUCUAGUAAAAAAAAAAAAAAAACUGGAAGGCUGCAUACCACAAUAAUAAAAACAGUGGCUACAGAAUGUGGUGUUAAUGUUUGUCAAAAUUCAGUUGACAAUAUAUUUAGAGAAAAUCCUUCAAGGUGUACCUUUAAUAACAAAUUUUAGGCUUUCAGAGCAGAUUUUAGUCUAGCAAUUUGAUAGACAUCGUAGCAUCCCCAGUUGAAAGGAUAUGUGUGAUACUAUAACUGAACAUGUUGAUACUUUGUAAAUAGCAGUCAUUAUCAUUGUUUAUAUUACAAGUCAAUACUGUGCAGUGUGUAGUUUUUGGUUGUAGGGAGAUGGUUCAUUAUUACAGUGACUAUCAUGAUGAGAAAUAAGCCCUUGCAUGUAUGCUGGGGAAACAAAUUUACAUUAAACUUUUUAAUUUACUUUUUCUUUUCCCUUAAAACAAAAAUGAAUGUACUUUCAUGUUAGCCUUUGAUAACACAGGGGCUGGGACAAGGAUUCGGACUGUGUUCUUUCAUUUUUAGCCUUAAAUAACACAAAGGGGUCUUGAGUCUUAGCAUUCAUCUUGGUACAUCCUUUUUACAAAUCUGUUGGAAGAACUACUGAGCAUUUAAACAGUCGGUGUCGGGGAUCGUUGUGUGUAGGGCAGAUUCGGCAUUGUGACUAAAAGCACCAAGUGUCAAAGCCAAAAGGAGCACAAACCAAGGUUUAAUGUUGUUAACUCAUUUGCAAAAGCUGGUCAGCUGUCUUUUGUUGCAGUUAUUACUUUAGCGUCCCCACCAUUUGUUGAUAUCAAAACUCAGUCAACCUACACCCUACAUGUAGUUUCUUAUGGAUUUAUUUUCAGAACCUUGCUGAGAACAAAUAUUACCUAAACUGUAGAAAACAUUGCAUUCAUGCAGCCUCAGUGUAUAAAACCUUAAGUCAAUGUAGCCACCAACCAUCAAACCAGAUAACAUUCAUUACAACCACCUGUGACUGUGACAGAACCAGGUCAGGUGGUGUGGUGGCCUUACCAAACUGACAGUGCCAUUAUGUGGUAGCUUUUCACAGAGGUGUGUCUUUAAAAGCAGUGCAGUGUAAGUAGCUUCUGUGAGUAGUGUCAGUCAGUGUAGGUCUGCGGUGCUUUAGGGAGUUUAGGUCUUUGCUGUUCUCUGUAGCCUUGUGUUUGUGUUGUGAUGACACCUCAAGGUAUGUAGAUUUAGGAAGGUCCCUUUCCUCCUUUGGUAAAAUAGGCUAGACACCGUGGUUAUUAGCCUUUAGAAAACACUGGAUAACCUGAGACAACAGGUCAUUCCCUAUGACGUUCAAUUUUUUUGUGGAGAUGUUUUCUUGUGGGGACUUUUUGCUCCCACAGUCUAAGUACUGUUCAUUUUUUGUUGUUUUUGCUACUGGCUCCUAACGUGUUGUUGUUCUGGAUGCUUCAUUUCUAUCAUCAAGGACAUCUCCAGUCUUCUUCCACAUGUCAUGGGGACUUGUGGUGGUUUGUUUCAGAUUUGAAGGUGAAGCUGGCACUUUGAAAAAGGAUCAUAUCUGCUUGCGAACUGUACAAGGUACAUCAUACUGACGCCAUGUCUUUAUUCUCAGUCUUCUCCAUCCGUUGGAAAUACUUGCACUUACACUGCAUUUUAAUCUUGGGAAUCAUCAGUUUAUAAAACAAAACCUGUCUGCCAUUUGUCAAUGAUGUGCAUUUUUAUGUUUAAUGGGAAUAUUUCUUUUUUUUGUUUUUGUUUUUUUAUAACUUCUUAUUGGUAUUCACUCACCUGGCAGUUUCCCUUGUUUCAGUGUAAGUGUCUGAAAUGUAUUUAUUUAUGAUGGGAAAUAUAUUGUUUUUUGUAAUUACGUUUUUUAACCUUUUGUUCACUUUGACCCAUUGACGGCUGAUCCAGUAAGAAUUUCGUACAUGCAGCCUAGAUCGAAGCAGAAUAUGACUGUGUUAUCAAUGUUAUUUUAACAAUAAAACACUCUUCUAUUGCAGUGUGAA